AUGGCUCUCCCACCCAGGUUCUCCGGGCAAUUGCUCGCCUCAGCGUCUCAGACCGAGGCGAAACACACAAUCGAGCUGUACUUGGACUACGUCUGUCCCUUCUCGGCGAAGAUCUUCAAGACUUUCUACAACGAGGUCGUUCCGAUCAUCGAAACCAAGUACACGAAUCCAGGAGUCCGUGUGAUCUUCCGGCAGCAGAUUCAACCUUGGCAUCCAUCUUCGACGCUCGUUCACGAAGCCGGUGCUGCCGUACUCCAGACGGCUCCAAAGUCAUUCUGGGCAUUCUCGGAGAAGCUCUUCCAACAGCAGACAGAGUACUUUGAUGUCAACGUCGUUAAUGAGGUACGCAACGACACCUACAAGCGACUGGCAAAGCUAGCGGGUACUGUGGAUGGAGUCGACGAGAAGACUAUUCUGGAUUUGCUGUUGGUUCCGGACAAGCCAGCCGACCACGGUAGUCUGAAUAUCGGAAACAAGGUCACCAACGACGUCAAGUUCAUGGUCAAAGCCAACAGACUUACCGGUGUCCAUGUCACUCCAACGGUCUUGUUCAAUGGGGUUGAGGAACGCAGUAUAUCCUCCGGCUGGACAGUGGAGCAGUGGGAGGAAUGGCUUAAAAAGAAUGCAACCUGA